AGACAAACUUGAAGAAAAAAAAGAAUAUAAUAAUAUAAAAAAAAAUAGUAAAUUGGUGAGUGGUGAGCCCCCACCAUUCGUUAUCGAAGGCACUAUUCGUGGCUUAUUUUUCUUUCCAACUUACCUCACUAAUAAGACUUUGCAAAAAUGAAUAUGAUACUCCAAUAUGUCAAUUUCUGCAACCAAACGCUAUUUCCUAUUCUCUCUCUCUCUCUCUCAACAAAUUCCACACGCUUAUAGUUAUGGAAUAUGGUAAGAACUGGUGAAGGCGAAGGUGCACCACCACCACCACCACCACCACCGCCGCCGCCGCCACCAGCAGUGCCUUUGCCUGAAUGUUGUAUGUGUGGAGAUUGUGGACUAUCUUCUGAGAUCUUCACAUGUAAACACUGUCGAUUUCGAUCCCAGCACAAAUAUUGUAGCAAUCUGUAUCCAGAAGCUGAAUCCUACGACACCUGCAAUUGGUGCCUUAGCCAAAUUAAGGAUGUCAAGAAAAGUAGAGAAGAAUCCAACACAAAGAUCACAUAUCCUAAGUCAGCAUCUCGCAGAACCACAAGUAGUACUUACCGUCAAAAUCGAAUAAAAAAGUCGAACAAAAUUGAUCAUAUCAAGAAGCAGAACAAGUUCUCGAACGAUCGAUUUAAUGGCGGAAUUAUUACGAGGGCAAAGUCGUCCGAGGAGAUAUCUAAUAACGGUGGCGGGAUUAUCAUAAAACAAGUGUUUAGGAAUAAGGUGAGAAGGUAUAAGCUUUUGGAUGAUGUCUCAAGCUAGCUAGCUAACAUAUACAUGAACAAAGCAAUUUACAGCUAUUACAGUUUUCAUCCCUAAAGUUUUUUCCGAUUUCAUAUUUGGUCCCAUAUGUUUAAAAAAACACAAUCGGUCCCUCAUGUAUUAGUAAUUUAACAUUUUUGGUCAUUUCUGUCAAUGUACCGUUAGUCCGUCAGUUAAGGUAGAGAUGUGGACACACUAAAAAAUAGUGAUCUUUUUAAACAUGAGGGACCAAAUAUGUUUUUUGUAAACAUAGUGGACCAAAUGUGAACUCAGUGGAAACUUGAGGGAUGAAUAUUUUAUUAUUUCCCCCUAUACUAAUACGUGUAUGAGGUUUUGCUUGUAUUUCAUCUGUUUUCUUUCUCUCGUCCGACUAAUUUUCUUUGGGAAAA